CAUUUUGACAUAUGACUGGUGACAUAUUGUGCAACAAGGCAGUAUUUAGUUUAUUUCCCAGAGCAUUAAAAUAUUGAUAAUAUCUCAAAUAAACAUUAAAUUAUUAUUGCAAGUUAUCCAAUAUCGUGAUAUAGAUAAAAUGGAAGUUCUCAACCAAAAGCCUAGAAAAAGGCCUACAAAAAUAGAAGAAAUGACUAAGGAACAAGUUCGUCAAGCUAUCUUAAAGAAGCGAGAGUGUAACUCAAAGGCACAAAAGAUUGUCGAGAGCCUUAUAGAGAAAGGCGUGACCGAAUCUUACUUAGUUCAUUGCCUACCAGACAUAAAUCAAACUCACUUUGACGAUAUUAUUGAAGAGCGAUCAAUCAUUCAACUUUGUGGAUACCCUAUUUGUUUAAAAAGCUUGUCAGUGAAAGAUAUACCCAAACAGAAGUACAGGAUAUCUUUGAAGACUAACAAAGUGUAUGAUAUUACUGCUAGAAAAAACUUCUGCAGUAAUUCCUGUUAUAAUGCUGCUAUGUAUGUUAAGAAGCAGAUGCUGACCAGCCCCUUGUGGUUCAGAGAGUAUGAGAUCAUCCCACAGUUCCACCUGAUGAAGCUGGGCGAAGUAGGAGGUAUGGGUGAGGAGGUGGAUUUGACUAUGAUAAACAGGGUGAAAAUUAAAGUAUCUGAAAACAAAUCAUUCACAUCUAUCAAUGAUUUUGCUGAAGCCAGCCUUAACGAAAUGUCACACAAUGAAGAUGUUGAACGCCAUACAGAAACAAAUAAAAUGAAGGAAUUGGAAAACAUUUCAAACACAGAUAAUAUAAUAAAACCUUACUCAGAAUUGAAAAUUAAUACUAAUAUUACAAACAGUGCUGUAUCUGAUGUUCCUAAAAUCAUUGAAAAAGAGAACAGUAAUACCAAGUCUGUUGAAAAAUCAAUAUCUGUGCCAGAUGCAGGGGCUACAAAGAAAAAUAUAAAGCCUGUACCCAAUCCACUGAACAUAGUUGGUGAUAUUAUAGAAAAACCAGAAAAGAAAAUAGACCCCAUACUAACUGCUGCCAUAUCUAAUACAGAAGAGAAAGAGAAUGAGAAGAAAACUAGUAAAAAGGUUUCACAGAAAAAACAACCCCUAUUAACUGCUUUAACAAUUGAAGUUGAAAAAUGUCUGGCUGAAUGGUUUACACUAGACACAAUUCUCCUGCUCUUUGGUGAAGAAAAAGUUAGAGAAAUGGUUGCAGACAAAGGAGAAUGCAUCAAAGAGUACCUAAAUAACUAUGCAAAAGGAAUAUUCUAUAGUUCUAAUGUGUAUGACCAGUACCAAGCUUUAUGUAAAAAACUUAACAUGUUAGAGUUGGAGGACAGGAAGUUUGAUAACCAGGCAUUGAAGAGAGAAACUAAACCUUUGCCAGACUACACCAUGCUGCAGGAGGAAAGUAAGAAGAUGCAGCUGAAAGUGAAAGCUUUCUUCUCUGGAGAAACAGAUGUAGAGGAAACAGUUAUAGAAGAGCCUAUCAAAACAGAUGAUAUUGAAGAAGAAAACCUAACAAACUUACCACUAGUAGACAAGAAUUCACAGAAUGCAUUACGUAGGAGAAUAGUCUGCCAACAUUUGAACAAGGUUCUGCCAGACAUACUCCGUUCGUUAGGCCUCCUUAGUUUCUCAAUUAGCUCUGAUAUCAGAUUACUAGUGAAUACUUUUAAGUUAAAAGCAAAUAAUAUAAUGUUUAAGCCUAUACAAUGGACCUUGAUAGCUAUAAUAUUCAUCAAACUGUUGUCACUGCGAGAUAAAAGGCUUGAGUAUUUACUUGAGCAGCCCACUGGGUACCAGCACAUGCAGCUGUUGCUGUUGAGUUAUAAGCAAGAUGGCGGCUACCUGGAUAGAUUGAUCAGUUGGCUUACAGAUAUUGACAGACUAUUAGAUACUAAUGACACGCAGCUAACUUUAGAAUAAACAUUUUCCACAGUAAAA